UUCAUAAUCAUGAUCCACCUCGACCCCGAAUUCAUCAAAGUAGUGUUAGACAAUCUAUUGUUGCUUUAAGUUUCAACAGAAAAAGCUUUUAUUGUGAAGCAACAAGCGAAUUAAUCCCACUUUUGAUUUUCGUCUAG